AUGUCUAUAAGUUAUGUAGCAAGGAUAAUCAACGGCAAUUCUGAAGUAGGGAUUCUGGACCAAGUCCGUGAGCCCACUUUGAAGAUUUUUGUCAGGACCAUCGCGCAAAUCCACGUCCCUCUCCGUACUACGACACCACGUGCCACCCAAUAUCGAGCUCUCUCAACUCAGCCCAACCGGGCAUGCACUCAACAGACAAGCUCCAUACUUGCCACCACACCUCGAGCGUUGCACACGUCAUGCGCGAGGGACAGGGACUGGCAGGCGCCGAAGCCUUUCAAAAGAAGAGGUGGAGGGCGGAGUGUCCAAAACAACCCACUAGCGAGCUCCCACGCAUCCGAACCGGUAGCCAACGAUCCUUUCAGACACCUAUCCCAGAAUGACUAUGCCAGGCCAACGGCAAGGCCUCAGGCAUACAGGUCGAAGACAGGCGACUCCGGUGGCCGUGAACAGCGGUACAAACCGGCGGGAGGUGCCAGGAAACCGAGGCGGCCCAACCCGGAAUCGAAUACUCAGGGUGGCAACUGGGCUGAACCCAAAACCAAAGAACCCUGGAGGAUCCAGAAGGAGGCCCUGGCAAAAAAGUUCCCUGAAGGCUGGAAGCCGCGCAAGAAGCUGUCGCCCGACGCCCUAGUCGGCAUCCGGAUGCUGCACCAACAGUUCCCCGAUGAGUACACGACCGAGACGCUGGCGCAAAAGUUCGAGGUGUCGCCCGAGGCGAUCCGUAGGAUCCUGAAGGCGAAAUGGGUGGCGGACCCCGAGACGGAGGUCGAGCGGCAAGCGCGGUGGCACAACCGCGGCAAGCAGGUCUGGACGAAAUGGGCGGCGCUGGGCAAGAAACCGCCCAGGAAGUGGCGCGCCGAGGGCAUCGUCCGCGACCCCAUAUGGAACGAGCCGAGGGGUCCGAACCACAAAGACAAGGCGGCUCGUGCUGAAGCGCAGCGGAGGGAGGCGCAACGGAGGCUUGCGAGUGGGAUGAUGGGAUGA